AAAACUUCGAUGCUCGGUUUGUAGCUUUGUACAAAGGCCAGCAGGCCGCAACGGAAACAGGAAAACCAAAGUUAUGUUUAGUCAUAAUGUAAAGCUUUUCAUAAUUUGUAGGGGCUUGUACUUCUACAAGCGACUCGCUGUCUGAUCUCAAUUUGGCAUGCUCUGCACCACAGCCAGCAGGGCAGUUUUGCGCAUUGCGCAGGCACGGCCAGGUCUAACAUUAGGAGCAACCGCCGCAAGGCGCUUAAGAUUUUCUCACGCAGCUUUGAAGCCAGCCCCCAAGCCCGUCGAGGACGCUCGGAGCGGCUACAGCGGCAGCGACGCCAUCCGCACGGGCCAGGGUGCCGAAGGCACCAGACAGACCGGUGGAGACGGCCUCAUUACACAUCGUGGCAAAAUGGCCGACUCCGUCCCCAAGCUCAAACUGCUCUGUCUGCACGGCUACAUGCAGAACGCCGAGAUCUUCCGCAGCCGGCUGGGCUCCAUGCGUAAGGCCCUCAAGAGCCGAGUCGAGUUCGUGUUCGUGGAUGCACCCUUUGAAGCGCAGGGUCUUCCGGGGGGUGACGACCCUGAGGAGGUCCAGGGGGGGCGGGAGGGCCGCUCCUGGUGGCAGUGGACGGAUACGGGGCCGGAGGGAAGGCCCUCCAAGGCCGCGUCCUAUACGGGUAUGUAUGCAUGUGUAUGUAUGUAUGUAUGCCUGUGCGGAGCACGUGACAAUGCUAUGGUUACUUGUUGUCGUGUGGGUGUGUAUACCCACAUGUACGGCGGCUGCUACUUGGGCCUAGCAUUGGCUGUUUGGCUGUUUGUUUGUUUGUCUAUCUAUUUUCUGUUUGUUCAUUCGGUUGGGCUGCUUGGCGUGUUUCUUGCAGGGUGGGAGGUGGCGCAGGACUCGCUCCUGGAGGCGCUGCGGCUGCAUCAGCCGGAUGGUUUGUUGGGCUUCAGCCAGGGCGCUACAGCCGCCGCACUGCUGCUGUCGCACCUGGCCGCCACCGCCACUGCUACUGCUACUGCUACUGCUGAUGAUGCGACUUUCGCUGGUGGGCUCAAGCAGCAGGUGGAGCAGCAGCAGCACGAUGGCAGCAGCGGUGACCGGCAGAACGGUGGCAGUGGCGGAGAGCCCGCUGUUGCCUCAGCUGCUAGUCCUGCAGCGCUGUUGCGGAGCCUGAAAUGCGCAAUUCUGGUUGCCGGCUUCCUCCCCCGGGACCCGGCUGUAGCGGAACUGGUCCGGGCGGGCAGCUGCAGCAGCCGGGUGCCCUUGCUCUUGGUUACCGGGACGUCUGACUCACUGGUUCCCCCGGAACGGACAGCCCAGCUGGGGGCCUGUUUCAACCCCGCAACUGUCUCGUCGUACACCCACGGAGGCGCACACCUAGUGCCCACAUGCAGUGGCCAGUUCAAGUCCACGCUAGUGGAGUUUCUCGACGCAGCUAGGGGACGACCCGGACCCGGGCCGCCCUCAUCAUUACACCUGCAGCACCAGCAGCAGCAGCGUGAUGUGCACUUCAAUGCCGUACUAGCUCGGGUGUACGACUGCCUGGAUAUCCACUUCGAUGUUUACUUCUUGUGUACGUGCGUGGUGAUGCAACAUAUCUGCAGUGCUCAUUCCUAA